UUCCAUAUAAAAUCGAAAAGCCAUUCAAAAUCUCCAUUAUCGGUUCUGGUAAUUGGGGUACUGCUGUUGCUAAAAUUGUCAGUGAAAACACCGGUGAAAAACCAGAUAUUUUUGAAAAAAAUGUUAAUAUGUGGGUUUUCGAAGAAGAAAUUGAAGGUGAAAAAUUAACUUCAAUUAUCAACAGAGAACACGAAAAUGUUAAGUACUUACCAGGAGUUAAGUUACCAGAAAACUUGAUUGCUAAUCCAGACAUUGUUGAUGUUGUUAAAGACGCUGACUUAUUAAUUUUCAACAUUCCUCAUCAAUUCUUACCAAGAACCUGUAAACAAUUGAUUGGUAAAGUUAGUCCUAAUGCUAGAGCCAUUUCUUGUCUUAAAGGUUUAGAAGUUGGUCCUGAAGGUUGUAAAUUAUUAUCUCAAUCCAUCACUGAUACCUUAGGUAUUUACUGUGGUGUUUUAUCUGGUGCUAACAUUGCCAACGAAGUUGCUAGACAAAGAUGGUCGGAAACUUCAAUUGCCUACACCCAACCAACUGAUUUCAGAGGUGAAGGUAAGGAUAUUGAUGAAUACGUCUUGAAACAAGCUUUCCACAGAACUUAUUUCCACGUUAACGUCAUUGGUGAUGUUGUUGGUGCUUCUAUUGCCGGUGCCUUGAAAAACGUUGUUGCCAUUGCUGUUGGUUUUGUUGAAGGUAGUGGUUGGGGUGAUAACGCUAAAGCUGCCAUUAUGAGAAUUGGGUUAAAGGAAACCAUCCACUUUGCUUCCUACUACAAAAAAUUUGGUAUCAAAGCCUUAGCUCCUCCUGAACCAACUACUUUCACCGAAGAAUCCGCUGGGGUUGCUGAUUUAAUCACUACUUGUUCCGGUGGUCGUAACGUUAAAGUUGCUAGAUACAUGAUUGAAAAGAAGGUUGAUGCUUGGGAAGCCGAAAAAGUUUUAUUGAACGGUCAAUCUUCUCAAGGUAUCUUGACUGCUAAAGAAGUUCAUGAAUUAUUGGAAAAUUAUAAAUUACAAGAAGAAUUCCCAUUAUUCGAAGCUACCUAUAGAGUCAUUUACGAAAAUGCCGAUGUUAAUGAAUUCCCAACCAUCUUAGAAAAUUAAGCAUCCUGAAUUACUUUGAUAGUAUUUUGUAUAUUAGUUAAUAGAAUUUUAAAAAAUUAAGUUAUUGAUAAUUUGUUUUUUUGUACUCUAAUUUCCUACCCUCGGAAAUCCUCGAAAUCGGACUAUGUCUGCAUCCUCAUCUUGAGACGGUUGCAUUUACGCAACCUUCGAAACUGGUGCUUAUGAACUCACGAGCCCAUUGGCUAAUACUCCAUUGCUUCAUUGCUGGUAUAGUGUGCUGAGGCACUUGAUGCCUCUGGAACAGUCCUGUAACUUGCUUAUUGAUAUUAAAACUUGCCUUGACCGGCUAUUUUUAUACUCGUACACCUUGAUGUACUUACUUGUACUUAAUAUAAUACUUAAUACUUGUACUUAAUACUUAUACUUAUUACUUGC